AUGGGUAAAUCCUCCAAAGAUAAGCGUGACGCUUACUACCGGCUCGCCAAAGAGCAAGGUUGGCGAGCAAGAAGCGCAUUCAAGCUUCUUCAGCUUGAUGAAGAGUUUGAUCUCUUCUCCAACGUCUCUCGCGUCGUCGAUCUUUGCGCCGCUCCUGGCUCUUGGUCCCAGGUGCUUUCUCGAGUGCUCAUCAAAGGCGAGAAAUUCGGCCGCUCAGCAUGGCAGGAUCGCGAUGCCAAAGUGCGCCAGCAAAUGCUUGGUGUCUUCCCUGAAGCUUUCACGCCUGAGCAGAAGGAAUCAAUAGAAAAUACCAUCUCAUUGUCUGGCGAUGAUGCGGCGCAACACAAUGAAGUUGAAGCAACAACGGUAGCAGCUAACCGCGACGUCAAAAUCGUCUCCAUCGAUCUCCAGCCCAUCUCUCCCCUCGCUGGCAUCACUACUCUACGAGCAGAUAUCACACACCCUGCCACCGUGCCUCUCCUCCUCUCUGCCCUCGACCCAUCGUACGAUCCUGCCGCUGUGGCAGGCACCCAAGCCCAGCAUCCUGUCGAUCUCGUUCUCAGCGAUGGCGCCCCCGACGUUACCGGCCUGCACGACCUUGAUAUAUACGUUCAAUCGCAGCUUCUCUUCGCAGCCCUCAACCUCGCACUUUGCGUGCUGAAACCAGGCGGCAAAUUUGUCGCGAAGAUCUUCCGGGGUCGAAACGUGGACAUUCUGUAUGCGCAGCUCAAAAUCUUUUUCGAAAAAGUCAUAGUGGCGAAACCGAGAAGUAGCAGGGCUAGCAGUGUGGAGGCAUUCAUCGUUUGCUUGAAUUUCCGGCCGCCAGCGGGCUUCCACGCCAGUUUAGAGGAACCGCUUGGAGUAGGGCAGCGCCUGGAUAUGCUGGUUCGAGAGAGGGAGAUGCAACUACCUAUUGUUGCCGAAGCAGCCAUGCAAUCAGAAAGGGGGACCUGGGACUGCAGCGCCGUAUCGACGCCGGCGACAUCACAUGAGAGCGGAAUCACGGAAGUGGAAGUAUAUGAUGAGACAGAAGGGAACAAUAUGGGAAAUGGCGCACGGUGGAUUGCACCUUUUAUUGCUUGCGGCGAUCUAUCGGCCUUUGACUCCGACGCUUCCUAUCAGCUGCCCGAGGACUAUGUCUCUCUAGAUCCUGUCCAGCCUCCUAUCGCUCCGCCAUAUAAGAGGGCCCUCGAAAUCCGGGCUGGGCUAUCCAAGCCCACCAAAGUGUAG